UGUUCAGUGCAGCAGCUGCGAGGAUCUGAGGAAACUCACUCACUCACCCUCCCCUGUCUCGGAUACUUUACGGUCCCACGGACGCGCCGCCCGCCCGCUCUCCAGUCACCCGUUCGGGAGCAGAGAACCGUCCCGUCUUGAGAUGAUGUUGAGUCUCGGUGUGGUCGUGUCUCUGGUGGUUUUGACGGUGUCCGUUACCGGCAGCAGUGACGGAAACCCGCUGGACAAUGAUAAGUGGAUGAGCACCGUGUCCCAAUACGACAAGAGCAAAUACUGGAACAAAUUCCGCGACGAUGAUUACUUCAGAACCUGGAACUCCAACAAAGCACAAGACCAAGAGAGCGAGUCGAACCCACGAUCAGAACUGAAACCUAAAUCACACUCAGAGACCAAGAGCAGAACUACUGAUGGGCUGGACAGCACUAAAGACCCCUGUCUGAAGGUUCGCUGCCCUCCUCACAAAGUGUGUGUGAGCCAUGACUUCCAGACGGCCAUCUGCACCAAUCACAAACCAGCACAGCACAGCAUUAAACCCAGGAAAGGAAAUCCCCCCCAUAAGCGUUGGAUGGGAGCUGUGAAUCAUGGGAAAUGUAAGCCAUGUCCUAUAGUUCACUCCAGCUCAGUGUGCGGCUCUGACGGACACACAUACUCCUCAAAGUGUAAACUUGAGUUCCAGGCCUGCAGCUCGAGUAAGAGCAUCUCUGUGAAGUGUGAAGGUCCGUGUCCCUGCCUGCCAGGACAGGAAGUCAUCAAACCACACACAGAGAAGAACGGCUGCACUGAUGCUGAUUUGAGAAGUUUAGCAUCCAGACUCAAAGACUGGUUCGGGGUUUUGCACACGGACGCCAACAGAGACCUGAAGAGCAGCACGAGCGACGCUGCACAAGGACGUUUUGACACCAGCAUUUUGCCCAUCUGUAAAGAUUCUCUGGGGUGGAUGUUCAACAAGCUGGACAUGAACUACGACCUUCUGCUCGACCAAUCGGAGCUCAGCGCCAUUUACCUCGACAAAUACGAGCUGUGCAUGCGGCCGCUGUUCAACUCCUGCGACUCCUUCAAAGAUGGAAAGCUGUCCAACAACGAGUGGUGCUACUGUUUUCAGAAACCUGAUGGCAUGCCGUGUCAGAACGAGAUGAACAGGAUUCAUUCUCAGAGCCGAAGGAAGACUCUGAUAGGGGCGUAUGUGCCACGCUGUACCGAGGACGGGUAUUUCAAGGCCACUCAGUGUCACGGCAGCACCGGGCAGUGCUGGUGUGUUGACAAAUACGGCAACGAGAUCGCAGGAUCCCGCAGACAGGGAAACCCUACCUGUGAGGAGGAUCAGGAGACAUCUGGAGAUUUCGGCAGCGGCGGCGGCGCCGUGAUUCUACUGGACGAUCAGGAGGAGGAGUCUCCGCAGCGUGGGCGGGGCCGGCAGAAAGAGAGGCGGGGUCGACUCCACCCCCGCGGGGCGAUCGAGGACGACGAAGACGGAGAGGACGACGAGAUGGGCUACGUCUGGUAGCUCCGCCCACCCAUCUUCCGCUAACUAACCAGGGACCCAUGUUAAAAUGCACAGUUCUGAAGCCAUUCCAGCUCCGCCCCCUCAGACACGCCCCCUUCUUCUCAUCCUGGACCUAAACUUGUCCUUCUCAUUCUGUCUUUCUCUCUUUCCUCAGCCGCCUCUUCAUGUUCUGUCCUCUGUUUUCCCUCGUUCAAACACUCCUGGAUCGCUCUCUUGCGUAUUCUAGACCGGUUCUAGACGGUAGACGUGCAUGAUGAGAUUGUUCAGCAUUUCGGGGGCUAUCUAACUAGUUCUUUUCAAAGGGUUCGUUCUCAGUGGUGAUAUGCAUGAACGCCACUGCUGAAUGCAGGAGACGACGUCUGAGACCUUCGAGGGCGAGGAUCAGGUGGGCUUAAGCCAAACGUGCACUACAAGACCCAAGCUCAUCGCGCUUUCAUGUUUUAAAUCUGCCACAUGAGGCUGCCGAUCGUAGCGAACUUGAUGUUCGCUAUGUGUGAGACACAUUACAACUAGUCACAGAUGCUACAGUGCUAGUUAACAUCUGAAUCUGAUGUAAUGAGAUUGAUUGGUUUUUAUUUUAUUUUCUGCUGCAUGUGAAAAUGACCUAAAGCCCUUCCUUUUGUGUGAAUGUGUUUGUGUGGGAAUGAGAGAGGGUUGAUCUUGUAACUGAUGCAUGUAGACUGUGAUUAGUUGGGUAUAAUGUGCACAAAAACAAAAAGCGGUGUAAAUGUGCACAGAGCGCUGAGCUUCAGUCGGGUGUGUGCGCUUGACUUUAUGCUGCUUUCACGUCAAUUCAGAAUUACUGUAAUUAUAAGUAGCAAAUCCCAUGCAUGUGAUUGUGAACUUACAGUUGAACUUGCAAAAAUGCUGUUCCUCCUCAGUUUUUUUUAUCUUGUUUAAUAGUACAAAUUUUAUUUCAGUUAGUUGUAAAGACAACAUAUUUGGUUUUUCAUCAAGUGUUAAUAUUUUAUUUUAUUUCAGCUUAAUUUAAAUUACUGAAAAUUAUUAUAGUAAUUUUGUCAUGUGCUAUCAUUAUUUUUUUUUAGAAUAAAUUUUUACAUUUUAAAAUCAAUGGGUAAUUAAUAUUAUUAAAUAAUAUUAUGUAAUAUGAUUUAUUUAAUUUUUAGUGAUUUUAGUACUUUAACGUUUAAAUUUAUUUCAGUUAGUUGCCAAAACAACAUUUCUAGUUUAAAUUUGAUGUUAUUUCAGCUUUAUUUAAAUUACUGAAAAUUAAUUCUUAGUUUUAGUAAUU